AUGUAUUGUUUUAUAUUCUAAGCCUCGUUUUUUUCGAUAGAUUCAGCAUUAGCGAAAUUUAAUAAUUUUUAAAACAUGAUCAUGUUGCCUUCUGUUGCUGCUAAGUUGUACAAAAAAUUCGGUAGACAUUAUGUUCAAAUAAAACACUACAAUUCAUGCCUGGCGGCAUACAGAACAUUGCAUAGAGACAAUGUUUUCACAGUAGAUAAAAAUAACAAACUAAUCAGGUAUUUCCGUUCAUCUGUUUAUUUUUAUGACAAAAGCGGAAUUAAAGAUGGUAAGGAUAUCAAAUUGAAGGCAAGUGACAUAAAAGAAACGGAAAAUGCUGUUAAACAGAAAACUUUGGGUAACAAUAUAAUAGUGAAGACUGAAACAGAUGCUGAUAAUGUAGUCACUAAAGUCACCAUAGAGAAACCUAAGGCACAGGAAUCUGAAGCAGUUGAAAAGCAUACUGUUGCACCACCAAAAAGGAAGAGACUUCUGAUUGAUUUUUCUGCUUCUUAUACUGAACGUAAUUUUAUAACACCCAUGCGAGCCAUGACUGAGUAUUUAUUGAAGCAAACAGAUCUAGAGAGCUUGCCAAAGGUACUAAGAAGAAGUCCAUAUGAGUCUGAACCUCCUAUUACUGUGUACUACAGAAAAGAUGUUGAAGCAAAAGCUAUUGCGGUCUGGGGUUCUAAAGAUGCUCUUGAUAAAGAGUUACUAAGACGAGAGUUGGACAGGAGAAGAUAUGAACAAGAUGUAUUCACGGUAAAAAGAAGACUUAGAAAUUACAGAAGGGAAAUGGGCCACAAGAGAUUAAAACAUGGUGUAGAAGAAAUGGGUUUAAGAACUGUCUCUGGAAGAGUUGUGCUGACAGCUAUUGGAAUAAACGGGUGUAACUUUGUCUUCAAACUUUGCGCUUGGCUGUACACUGGAUCACACAGUUUGUUCUCAGAGUGCAUACAUUCCCUCGCUGACACUGUUAAUCAAUUGAUUUUGGCCUAUGGCAUACAUAAAUCAGUACAAAUUGCAGAUCCCGAUCAUCCAUAUGGCUACACAAACAUGAGAUAUGUUUCAUCCCUGAUCUCAGGAGUGGGAAUUUUCUGUGUGGGAUGCGGUUUAUCGUUCUAUCAUGGAGUCACUGGAAUCAUAGAUCCACAGCCCCUGCAUGAUUAUUAUUGGGCAUACUUUGUACUCGGAGGAGCAGUAGUGUCAGAAGGCGCUACUCUGAUGGUAGCGCUCAGUGCAAUUCGUAAAGGCGCCAAGGAAGCACAUAUGUCUUUGUAUGAGUAUAUAAUGCGCAGCUCGGACCCGUCGGUGAAUGUGGUGUUGUUUGAGGACACGGCGGCCGUGGCAGGCGUUGUGGUGGCGGGCAGUUGUAUGGCCUUAUCGCAGUACACGGGCAGUCCACUACCCGACGCUAUCGGCUGUAUACUGGUGGGUACGCUACUCGGCGGGGUGGCGUCCUUCAUAAUACUGAGCAACGUUGGCGCCCUCGUUGGCAGGUCCAUUCCGCAAGAGCAGUUGGAUGAAAUUAAUAGUGUGUUAGAAAGGGAUUUCAUGAUACGAGCAAUACAUGAUGUGAAGGGUAUAGAUAUAGGAAGCAACCUUAUUAGAUAUAAGGCUGAAGUGGAUUUUGAUGGCAGAGCACUCACAAGAUCUUAUUUAGAAAAACAUGACUUGAAUAUGUUAAUGGAGGAUAUGAAAAAAAUAGAAACAAUCGAUGAUGUUGAAGCAUUCCUACUAAAGCAUGGUGAAAAUAUCGUUGACAUGUUGGGCGGUGAAAUUGAUAGGAUAGAAUUGAAAUUAAGGAAAAAGUUUCCGCAAAUCCGGCACUGUGAUCUAGAAAUAUUAUAAUCAUAUCGUACAUAGUACGUACCUAUAAUAGAUAGAUAUAGUUAAUAUAUGAAAUAGCCAGUUUAAAUGUUUUCAUGCUUACCAUACUGAAAGCUGUUGUUUGCUAAUGUUAUUAUUGAUGGUGUUUAUGAUAAAAUUUUCCGUAGCUCUCAAAUUAAGUCGAAGUAUAAGCGGAAAAUCACGAGAAAAUUACCUUAUAGGGUGACAAUAAAAUAUAAGUUAAGCACUUAUUCUUCAUGGAUAAAAAUACUUCAGUAUUUUAAUCUGUCACGAUGCAGCGUACUUACGCUGAAUUCUGGUCGAUGGUAGAUUAGGUGGGUUUUUAUUUAAACAUAAACCCGGAUUAGUAAAUCAGAGAUUAAUGCGAAAAAAUAAACUCACUAAAUUAAUAGUUGCGUGUGCUAAUAAAAAUCCUAACACGUCCAACAUCAUUACUUAUCAUAUACCAUGUUAUUAGUAAGUUAUAUUACUCACCAAAAAAACGGGAUAAGUGAGCACGGGGUAAGUACACGCUAGUACGUACAUCUCAUGGACAAUUGCGGCCAGCAGUUAGCCAAAGAUGUGCUCAUCAAGGUACUGGAGACUCUUUAAAAUGAAUUUUAAAGAGUCUCCAGUACACCUUUUUGUGUUAAAAGCUAUAUUGGAUAUGUCAAAAUAAAAUAAAAGGUGGUUCGAGGUAAAUAAAGGAAUAACUUUUAUAGCACUCACUAUAUAAUAAGGAUAGAUUAGCAAAAGCUGGCUAAAUAAAAUAGGUGUUAAGUUUAAUAUUAAAUCACGUACCGUAUCUUUUGUCCUUAGGCACUCUCUUAUCUUAUAAGAAAUGCGCGGUAGACAUAAAGCGGCGUUAACAUGUUCUGAUCAUUGUACUAUGAAUUGAAAAAAAAAACAAUUGGAUUAUAUCAAAAUAAUAAUUGAAUUCAGUUUUUAAAUUGCACUGUUUCAGUAUUUCCAUAUUUCAUU